AACUUUCAGUUACUACUCUAAUAAAAAUACACACAGAUGGGUGAAUAGUCUUAGGAUGUUUUUGGCUUCCACACACAGACACAGCAAUUUUUAUUAGCAGACUCAGUAUUAAGCCUAGUGUUAACAUAUUUUUUUUUAUAUUCAAAGUUAGAAAAUUUUUAAUCAUUAUCAUUAAUCCAUUGCAGUGAUUUAGUGAAAACAAUAAUUAUCUAGGGUAAUUGAGUAGAACUUUUAGAUGGCCUAAUAAAUUCUUUGGUUUUUUACAUUUUAAUCAUAAUACUAAUAGAGCCCUGUUGACGUGACUGUUGACCACCAUUGAAAAUAUUAUAACAUCUUAAUUAUGAAGUGGUUCCCAAAUAAUUUUCCACAGGAAUACACUUUCAGAAUAAAAAUUUUUUUUGCCCAUUUCUAUAAUUGAAAAAAAAAAGAAGAUAAAUACCUUUAAAAUAAUGCUAAGUAAUGUUUGGAUUUAUUAAAUAAAAGCUCCUGCUUUAGUUAGGACAUCAAGAAUUAUUAGACUAUAGAGCUUCAUUAAUUCUUAAAAUCAGCUAUACUACUGUCAGCUGAAAGUAAUUUUUAAAAAAAAAUCUAGCAUUGGUAUGUGCAAGUGUAUCCUCACAGAUCUCAGACUGACUUGAAUCUCUCAAUAAAAGAUGACCCUGCAAUUGAAAAUUAAGCAGUUGAAUUAUUUCUCUUCCCAAAGUUAAUGUGAACACAACUAAUUUAAGCAGAUAACUUUUUUAACAGUUAUUUUCUCAAUUACUUUUUAAAAAAAAUAAAUUUUGAGGAUCCUGAGAUAAAAGAAAUUGUAUGAUAAUACAUCUUUAAAUUGUCCAGGAAUAUUUUAUUUCAAGAACAGUUGUACUUUUUGAAAUCAACUCCCUAUGGAAUGCAAAAACUUGUGCAUCAGUAGAGCUGAAUAAUAUAGACUAUGAUUGUAUUGUCUGAGAUUCAGUGAAGCCCUUAAAAUGCAUCACUGAUUAAAGAUAAUUCUUCAGCCUUCAUUGUAAAAGAAGUUUAAAAAUUAUCAUCUAAAAAAAAAAAAAUAAGUGGAUUAUAUAUCAGGAAAAUAUCCAAGAAAAAGAUUGGAAAUAACUUACAUUUACAGCAAUGACAAGGUAAGUUUUAGAUAUCUUAAUUUUUUUAAAUUUUAACUUAUCAGCACUAAUUAGAUAAUAAAAAUCAUGCUAUAACACUUCUGCUGGAAUAUGAUAUAUGAAAAACCUUUUCAGAUGCCACUUCAGGUUGUAUUACUCACUUGCCUUUAUAGCUGUGCAGUAGUUUAAUCAUUUAAGGAUGGUCUGGCUUGAGUGACAGCCAGAAAUGGUGAAGAUAAUAAGCUAAAAAAAAUAACUUACCAGACUUAUCAAUAAAGCUUUUGUCAAGCAAGCCCACUAAACAACAAUUGGAGGACAGAAAAUGUUUAUUUAUAUUAAAGACCUGUUAUAAUUAACUGGAUUGUUUAUUUUCAUGGUUACAGCCAGCACAUAAGCAAUCUGAGGUUACUUGAUACAUUUUGUAGAAUUCAAUUCUUAAUGCAAUUUUAAGAUAGCAAUUUAUUUAUAUGUCGUCUUGAAGAAUGAGUACAAACACACACUUUCAAAUACAUCAGCUACAAAUGUGAGCAGUGCUACUACAAGUUUGCUUCCUCAUGAUUUCACUCUAUACAAACAUAACUAUUUGUAGAAAGAGUAGUUCUGGUUGAGUUCUUCUGGCACACGAUUUUUAGUUCAUCUGCCAUUCCAUUUUAGUUAAGCCUAUAGCCUCCCAACCCUUACUUUGGUCCCACACUCAUGACUACCUUAAAGUUUAUAAGGUAAUUAUAAUUUUACUUACUUUCAUUUUUAACUGUUUGUUUUGUUUUUGUUUUCAAGUAAUUCACCUGAGGUAUAUGCUGUUUAAAUGUAAUUCUGGUUACAGACAGUUACAGUUAAGGAUUUUAUUUCUGUCUAUUUUUUUUUAUUAUAUUGUUAUAUUGAAAAAUAUAUUGUAAUGGAUGAGCCUAAUUUAUAGCAUUUAUUGAGGUCCACUGUCACUGUGUCAAAUUAUUAUUAUUAUUUUUACAUGUAUGAAUUGAUAAUUUUGAUUGGGGCUAGUAAGUGUUAAUUUCCUAAAAUAAAAAUUAAUCUCUUUAAUAUUCAUUACAUUAACAAUUGUUUACAGUAGAUCUCAUUUUACAAGUCCAUACUAUACUCAUAGUUCAAUGGCAUCUGCCUCUAAUGCUAAACAUAACCUUUCUCCCUUUUCUUUUAAAAUUCAAUUUCUCGGCUAAUUGACUUAAGGAGUAUUUUUAAAUUUAUUUGGGGGAAGUACUGAAUGGUGACUACAAAUACAGUCAGUGUUGGGAAGGGGGGGGGGGGCUUUUUUCUGCGAACUGCCCCUGGCCUUCAUCUGCUCGUUCCAUCCAACACAUUCCCAGCCCCUUCACGUUUACAUCACGACUCUGUACUUACGACGUACAUCUCAGGGGUUUCGCCGUGACCCCNCCCCAAAAAAAAACAAAAAAAGAAACAAAAAAAAAAACACACACCCAUGCUGUAUGCCCUGUGCUCUUUGGAGUGGGUUGUCAGUGAACUGCUCAGGGCUCGUGGCAUUGGAGCAUAUAACACGGAGAGAGAAGGGGUACACAUAAUAUGAUUAUAAACAUCACGCUCUUGUUUUCGCGCAAAGAUUUUCCUCCCAUUACCUCCCGUUUCCCUUUAAAAUUAACACAAGCUCUGAUCGCGUGAGGUGGUUUUAAAAAAAAUAUAUAGAUAUCCAUUUUUCUUGCGACUUGACUUAGUUUGUGCGUAAUUCGUACAUAAUUUACAUUAGCAGCAACCCCUAUCCUUACAUUUGAAACGUGCAAUUUAAGGAUAAGGUUGCCGUGAGAUAUCCCUAAUGGUAGCUGACAGCCAUAGAGCUAUAAUGUUAAACCUUACAGCAUACCGUCUGUCCUUAUGAUAGUUUGAUGGGUUAACUCACUGAGCGUAGUCAGUGCAAUACAAUCGCGAUGAAUUAUACGGGACAGUUACUUAUUUACUGAAGCGAGCAUUACAAGUAAUUUAUGUACUUUGCCCCCCCCCCCCCAAACCCAACCCACUUUCUACACCCUUUAAACCGUUUGGACUUUAACGCCGUCUCGAAAAUUACUUGUGUGAUUCAUGCUCCUUUUUUUUUUUUUUGGUUGACGUGGACUGCGAUGCCAUGGCAGCAGGAUAGCUACUGAUGCUGAGAAAGUUUGGUGUCAUACUGAACACGAAAUCUUCAAAAUUGUUUUAAUUCCAGGAGAUCUUUUGUUGCUGCUUUUAGUGUAGUUUGUAUUUUCUUCAGAUUUUUGUAAUCCCGUUUUUACUACGGCCUUGUUCUUGGAGACGACUCACGAUUUUUUUUAUUGGGGGGGGGGGGGUGUCGGUCGAGCAUCUCAUUUUUUCUAGAAUUUAAAUUGUGUCCGAAAUAUAACAGGAAAAAAACCAUCAACCUUACUUAUCACACCGCUAUUAGCUACUGAAUUGGAUUUCGUUAGAUCGUGAUCGGUGGACACAUUUUUAUGAUGAAACAAAAAAGUUAACAUAGAUUUUUAAGUUUGUUUGUUUGUUUUUUGUUUCUUGAUGUCUACAACGAAUGCAACAUCCAGCAUUAUUUGAUCAAAUAAAAGUACGCGUUAGCAUGGCUAUUUUGUUGCCACUAAGAUGAGAUGCUUUAUAUUGAUACAAGGGUCAUACAGGUGAAUCAUUUGAUGAAAUGUGAAGAUAGAAACGUUCUGUUUUUCAAUGUCCAGAAUGUACGACACUGUACACAUUGUCCGCGAAUGUGUUUAUUCCCUUUCAAUGUCCAGAAUGUACGACACUGUACACAUUGUCCGCGAAUGUGUUUAUUCCCCUUUCAAUGUCCAGAAUGUACGACACUGUACACAUUGUCCGCGAAUGUGUUUAUUCCCUUUCAAUGUCCAGAAUGUACGACACUGUACACAUUGUCCGCGAAUGUGUUUAUUCCCUUUCAAUGUCCAGAAUGUACGACACUGUACACAUUGUCCGCGAAUGUGUUUAUUCCCGCAGUAACGUUGUUGUCAGCUUUUUUUUUUUUUUAAAGAGUUUUUAAACAGUGAUAUUUAUGAAUAUGUUUUAACCGAUGAGUUCUGGUCACUUCUCCGUGCAACAGUUUACCGACAGGAGUCCGACUCCUAGAACACUUAUUUGUUGGGCUACUGUGCCUUCACGCUGUAACAACACAUUAUCUUGAGACUUCCAUCGUCACCGAUGUGUUAGCCACUAAGCAAGCGCCCGGGCUCAGACUGUACAGUUUAGAACGAGAAUCCUGCAGCAUUAGGUGUUAGCUUUGUCCCGCGGACUUCCUGUUUUGUUAUUUUCGUUCAGGAGAUGAACAUUCUGUAAGAUUCGGUUUUGGCUACAGUCAUGAAACUGUAAUACAUGGUUUGACUUAAAGGUUCUGUAUUUUCCGGGGCUUGGUUGCAACAGUCAAGUGCGACUUUUUUUAAAGGACUUAAGAAUCACACUCCGCGAUGACCACGUUUCCUGACAAUAGUGGCUUAGGCCCGCAGGAUUUCGAUCAUUUGGAGUGUCACUAUUCUCAAGUGGACUAUUCAUCUUACACUAACUGGAGGCAGGCAGCAGCGGCCAGCUGUGACAGCGUCGCACUCUUUGACGUCAAUGAAUAUCACAUUGAAAAUUAUGGACCUAAUGUUUUCGGGUAUGGCUGUUGUGCUCUUAUUAGUUUCAUCAUGUUUACAAAACGUCUAAUUACAGGUUGUUGAUAGUACCUCAAUGUCUGCUACCAGCAAUUUUUUUUUAAAUAGUAUUUUUUGCUUUAGAAGUAAUACAAAAUAUAAUUUUAAUUAUUACGUUUUAAAGAAAAUAAUCAACGUAGGACCUAAUGGUAAUAUAGUUUUGCUGUAAUAUGCCGUUUCCCCGUACUUCGCCCCCCCCCCCCCCAAACCAAUCCCCCACCCCAUAAAGGUUGAUCCCAUGCUGGCACCAUGACUCGCCCAUCGGUCAUACCGACCCAUGUUAAAGUGAUCAAUAUUUUGGAUGAUAUUACUGCAUGGGAGAUUUGAUGCCGGCUGCUAUUUGUAAUACUAUUGUGUACUGUACUCGGCUAAUCCAGACGUUCGAUGUAUCCUUUUAAUGCGAGAAGUGUGUGCAGACACUUUUAAUCCUGUUGAUAAAUUAUAUCUCUGAUGCUGAUUGGCCACUCGAUCACGUGACAUUCCAAUUGUAUCCAUUUGACGUUAUUCCUGCCUCACCCCCACCCCCCUUUCCAAUGUUUCGUGACGUGCACAGUUGAUUUAAUUCCGAUGUAGCUCUGACCACUGCAAUUUGAUGCACCACUAUUAUUGUCUAGAAAAGCUCAUUGAUGUUUCCCUUAUUUUAACCGCAUUUAUUCUCGACAAUGAGCAUGAGCUUUGUCUGUUUGAUUCAACCAUUCUUAUGUGGGUCGUUUUUUUUAUCAAGCUUUCGCAUUACUUUAUCAUCUUGAAGAAAUUUGUCAUGGUCGAUUUUACAAAUUUUGACACAGAACAGACUCGUAAAGUUAUCCGAAAAUCAAAUUUUCAGAGGAUCUACGCCAAACGAAGUGAAUUGUUUUUUAGGUCUCCCCAUCAGUCGUAUAAUAAGGGUGACAACAAAAUUGUAACAAAUAAUAAUCCAGUAUGCAUUCGCUGUAAUUAAACAAUUUUUCCUUUCUUUUUUUUUCAUCACCACAAGAUCGUGCGUUUGAAUGAUACAUUUUAUUAUUUUGUGUCUGGGUUAAAAAAACAAAAAACAACAACCUUCCAACUUUUUUUUUUUAGUUCAAACUACUCUGGGGUAGCACUUGAACUACACCUUUAUUGAACUCUAUCCAAUAUCACGAUAACUGGGGUAGCAUUUGAACUGCAGCUUGAUUGAACUACAUCCAGUAUCGCGAUACCUGGCGUAGUACUCGAACUACCGCUUGUUUGAACUAUAUCCAAUAUCACGAUACCGGACGGUAAUGCUUGAACUGCAGCUUGAUUGAACUAUAUCCAAUAGCUCGAUACCUGAUCAAUAAAGUCGUCUUGUACGUGACGCGAGUGAGUACACGCUUUAAAAAAAAAACCACGCAUUUGUUUGCCCGCUUUGUCUGAAAGCCACACGUCCUUGAUGUCAAGGGGAAUCGAUGAGCGAUGAUUAAUUCUCGUUUCCUGUAGUAGUCAUCGGAUUAAUACAAAUGGACAGGGGUUCCGAACCUCUCGUUCUGGUUUAAAGGCAUUAUUUUAAUUGUUUAAAAAAUAGCACGCAUUUAUCCUCUGGUUUUCUCAUUCAUUAUGGCUAUAUACUCUAUUAGGGAAAAUUAAGAUUGUAACCCAAUAGCACACGUUUUUAGUUGUUUUUUGUUUUUUACAAAAAGUAUUACUUUUGGUAAUUCUGUUUGGCGUGAAUCUUUGGAUAAAGUUAGUGCCAAAGUAAACACGAGCUUAGACUUACUGGAACCAUACAGUUUGUUGCCCGUGUGUCUUGUUACCUUUUCGGCUAUUGGCCAUUAUGUACGGGUAACUCUUUCCAACUUCACUCAUGCACGGCUCGCCACAAAGUGUUUUAUUAUAGUGGGAUGAAACGAAACCGCUGAUUGAAAAUUCAUCAUGUCUUCGUUCUUAGAUCUCUUACUUGACGUACUUAAGACUUCCGAUGGUUUGCUGUUAUUCGAUUAAGAUUUCACCAUUACACCCCAUUGUCUGGUGUCUGGAAACCGCAGCUGUUAUGGGCAAGCUGUGGAUCGUUGGCUCGUGUUAAUGUGAUGAUGAUUAACCAACGUUUGAAAGAAUAACGAUGGGUGUGGACAGCAGAGAAGCCGAACCUUUUAAAAGGACCUUAAGUGCGGGCUCUGCUCCCCCAUAUUUGGAGCCUACACAAAGUGGAGCGGUAGCUCUACUUUUGUAUAUGUAUUUUUAUGUGCAGCGCAAUGUAGAUCUGUCUGUAAGACCAGUCAUUCCAUUCACGCCACGUAAGCCAUCGUAUUUUUAAACGUUACCCAGUAUUGAAAGGUGGGGUGAAAAGAAGAGGGGCGGGGGUGGAGGCUAUAUCGGUUGGCAAUGCCGCCGCAGUAUUUACUUUAGGGCCUGCACCGAUAUGACUUAUCUUAUCUAUAACUCUUGAAAUAUAUAACCAGCUGACUUUCUUUGAAGUCGUGCUUCGCCUCAAGUCACUCACCCAAGAUGGCAUGUUUUGGAAAGAAAUGCACUUCAACGUUAACUGCCCGCUUGUUUUGUUUUUUUUUUGUUUUUGCACCGCUGACCCUAGAGUAACCCAUUUAGCCAGUGAUUCCAUUAGGUUCGCAUCUUUAUUUAGUACUUAAACCUUUCUGACUCUUUAAAGACAAGAAAUUUAAACUCACUCGGUUGCGUAGGAAAAUGGGGGGGAUUGGGGGGGGGGGUUGAUUGGAUGUGGCAGUCUGUCCCGGGCGGCACUUUUUUUUCUUAUUUUGAGGCGUGGCAUUUUCGGCCACUUGCAUCAUGGGUUUUUUUCUUGGAAGGGGGCGACAAAAAGCUUGUCAAGGUGGCACUAACCCUGGCUACGCCACCAAGCAGAUGUUAAUUCAAUCUACACAUAUUUAAUUCAAUAUAAAACUGACUUGUAGAGUGAAGAGUAACGUGAACGAUUCUAGUGAGUCCCACCACCGAUUGUUGAGGACAGCAUACCUUGUUGGCAUAUUAUACACUGACAGAAAUAGCCUGACCUAAUGACGCCGCCGUGUAUAACGACUGCUGGAGAGUUAAUCCAGAGUGGGCCAAGACAUGUUUACUGCACUUGACUGGUGAGUUUUUAGCUCUUUAUCACGCACAAUAGAUUAUCAGUGUUGGGGCUUUGUCAUCUCAACUGUAUCUUUGGAAUAUACACUUUUUUUUUACAGGAUCUAGUUUAGCAAGAACAAAUUGGCCCAAUGAUGUCCUCACGUCUUUUGUUAAUCGAACCCUUCUGUUAAUCGAAUCCUGCUGUUAAUCGAAUCCUUCUGUUAAUCGAAUCGUUAGUCCGCUUGAAAACAUCUAAUUUCACUUUGAAGUGUCUAGCAGUAGCGUCACCAAUAGGGGGGACGGGACUGUGGACCGUACCGGGUGACACCAAUCAUAUUGGCGACAGGUAUAGGUCAAGGCGUGCGCUGUCCAAGUACGUCAUUACAUGGAUUGCUCCGAUUUUAUUUUUGUUUUCUUCACUUGGGAUUUGAAGAUUUAAUAAUUUAAAGGCCCAUUGAGACUAAGCUGUGAACCAAAUUUCAGCUCUACAGCAUUCCGCGAUCUAUGGAUAUAAACAGUCUGGAAGGUGUGUACAAACCAAAAGACAGGAACUAAAAUCAUUCGUCAACUUGGCUUGUGCUGGGAUGGAUAUGGAGCCCCCGAGUAUCAAGAUGACUGGGAAGACAACGCACCCCACCCCCCCCAACACAAAAAAAAAAAAAAAAAAAAAAAAAAAAAAAAAAAAAAAAAAAAAAAAAAACAAAAAAAACCCAAAACAAAAAAAAAAUUAAAAAAAAAAUAAAUAAAAAAUAAGCUGACAUGUAGACUUAGAAAAUUAUGUACUUGAUAUCUGGAAGAAUUGGAAAGAGAGGAGACAGCAAUAGACCGGAAGGCGUGGAUAUAUUUUAAUUGCCCAUGAUCUUAUGGGAGUUGGAAAAAAAGGGGAAUAAGAAGUAGCAAAUCGUCCAUGUGGGUUAGUUAAUUGAAAGUGAACAAUUGGCCAUGGUUUACUGGGGUAAACCAAAGAUUACUGUCGAUGUUAUCAUUUGAAAAUAUACGUAGUUUACCUUUAGUUGGUAGAACGCAGUGAGUACACCUACUAGUCAAACCAACGACACGUUGGUCGCUAUAACAACAGUUGAUCAUCUCGCAAGGUAUUGAACGUUUUAAAUGAAAUACAAAUAAUUAACUCUCCCAUUCUCUUGAUCUAAAUUCAUAAGCUUUAAAAAAAAAAAAUAUUGAAAGAAACAAACAGACAACAAGGUUUUCCCCCCGUCCACACAGGUUAGGGGAGUCGCAUCUUUAACGAGGAGCGUAUUUCUUUUAAUGAGCGUGGCUUGACAGGAUUACCUUUCUGGAAUGCGGGUUCACUGGAACCCCCUUCCUCACCAACAUCCCCUCUCUCUCUCUCUCUCUCUCUCUCUGCUCAUCUGCUUUGUUCUCGCAGACAUCCAAGUGUAACACGCAUCAUGCGUUGUGAGCAGAUGUACCGGGCCAUUGUAGCUAGGUAGGAAAUUCCCAGAUAUCUUUGAACUAAAAGUAUGAGCACGCAAAGCUGACAGUUAUUGGGGUGGGGUGGACGUCAGACGUUUUUUUUUUUUCUCUCCCUCCUAUUGAAUGAGAUGGCUUUAUUAUGAAAAAAGCCAGUAUUCUUCGCCAUUUUUACAAGGAAAAGGGAAAUGGACAUUUUGCCUCAGAUAAAUGGCACCUUUCAUUGAUUGUCGCCCCCAACCCCAAGUACAUCCGUAGAGAGAACCUGUAGGUGUGCUAUGUCCGAGGUAUUGUAAGAAUUGUACUAUGAUUACUGUUGGUCGUUCGCAUGUGAAGGUGACCAGGGCGACGAGACCGUGAGCAGUAGAAGCCUUGACUUGCGGGGUUAACGCUUCAUGGUUGGACACCGCACAGCCAACCUGCCUUAACUUGGUUUGAAGUGCGCGUUAAAAACCAAACGUGAAUAGAUUUACGCUGCGUGGAAUCAAAAUGAUGAGAAAUACAAGUCCUAAAUAGACAUGGCAUGUACAACUUGACAUAUUGCAAUAGCUUCAUGUACAAAUUGGCAUAUUGCAAUAACUUCAUGUACAAAUUGGCAUAUUGGGAUAACUUCAUGUACAACUUGGCAUAUUGCAAUAACUUCAUGCACAAAUUGGCAUAUUGCAAUAACUUCAUGUACAAAUUGGCAAAUUGGGAUAACUUCAUGUACAACUUGGCAUAUUGCAAUAACUUCAUGCACAAAUUGGCAUAUUGCAAUAACUUCAUGUAGAAAUUGGCAUAUUGGGAUAACUUCAUUUACAUAUUGGCAUAUUGCAAUAACUUCAUGUACAACUUUGCAUAUUGCAAUAACUUCAUGUACAAAUUGGCAUAUUGGGAUAACUUCAUUUACAUAUUGGCAUAUUGCACUAACUUCAUGUACAAAUUGGCCGUCUCGGAUCUUCUUAAAAAACAACUCAAAACAAAUUUUUUCCUUUACAAAUGAAAUUUUUGUAAAAUGUUGUUUGUUGUCCCUUCGUUUUGUAGAUCGUGUUGAGGGUUUAUUCUGUUACAACAAGGGAAUGGAGUGGAAGACACAACACACACUUUGUCUGUUGUUGAGAAUGGCUAAUAGGAGGGCAUUCGACAUUGAUGCAUACGAGACUUGGACUUGAAGCACAGAUUUUCUAACUUUCUUUCCUUUUGCAGGCUUGGUUUGUGUUGCACUUUGAAUCAUCCGGCAUCCGUGUCAAUAAAUCUUGUACGAUCUACGUCCGUCUGUUGACACGGGUGCUUACUAUAGUUAAACUAAGCGUAUGUUAUAUCAUGGCUGACCGGUUGGGCCCCGUCAAGUUUUAAGCCACAAAGCAACACUGACCCAGGCCUAACGAAGGUGAUUUGGGGGGGGGGGCACUUGUUGCGUUUGGAGAUGGGGGAGGGGGGUGAGAUCAAAGAGGAAGUAAAAACCUUGCCAACGGGCGCUGUAACAACUGUCAGCUCUUGAGUUACUCUGUCGUUGGAAUUGUGUCGAUACCGGUUCUGAGCUGGUUUGGAGCAUCAGCUGGUCGUGCUGUUGCUCUCAUUUCGCUCGGACGAUUUUCUUGGCCUCUUGACUUCAGCAGGGAUAGCUUUCAUGUACUCGGCGGUCUUGUGGUGAUUAACAAAUGAGGUACGUGAGGGAACUGUCACGUGAUAUCAAUAAAAGAAUCGUGCGGUCUCUUAAAAAAAAACCAAAAAAAAAACAAAAAAAAACAAAACAACUAUAUUGCAAAAGGAAAAAUCAAAAUGAAUUAAUUUUAAAUUUGUGUUGUUUCAUGUUUGCUUUUGUUUUUGCCACGAGUAUAAAUAACUCUGUUGACGUUAACAUCUUAAUAUGUUAAAUUUAGAACGUCUCGGGUAAAAAUAACUAAGACUUGUACUACAAGUAAAAGCACAGCUCAAUACUAGUUUUAAUACCCAUACUGCUAGUUGCAUGACGUUUUUUGUGUGUCUAAACGGAGAGGAAGGGGGUUAAGGGGGGGGGGGGGCUUAUGUGUCGUGGCGUUUUUUGCUUCGCCCAUAAACCUCCAUUCUUAAUCUAGACUCACAGUACCAUCAUUUUGUCAUGUAUCACGUGUCUGAGUAUUGACUCUGGAUUUAACUUGUGCCAACUCUACCUGCGUCCCAUAUAUCAAAGGAAAGUAAUUGAUCAACGCAUUUCGACUUGGUCCCAUUUUAGGAUCUUUCACACGCUCCCUUGAAAGUGACGUGUGUACCAUAGUCAGAUAAACAAAUAUGACGUCACUCAGCAAAGUAAUAAUCCAAUCUUAAUGAGACACGCUGUGUGUAAUGAAUUCUCUCCCCCCCUCUCCCCCCCCCCCCCAACUGUGUCGCGUCCCUGUUUAUUUUCCAUCCUUGUUGAACAUGUAGAUACAUUUUUAACUUUAAAAUAAUGAAUUCUCUCCCCCCCCCUCCCCCCCCCCCCCAACUGUGUCGCGUCCCUGUUUAUUUUCCAUCCUUGUUGAACAUGUAGAUACAUUUUUAACUUUAAAAACAUAAAGCUCACUGCAGAGCUCUGCCUACGACUACGUCAUUAGUUUACGUCAUGAUAGAUUGCAUCUAAGCCACUUCCUGCAAGUCUGCUUUUUUAAACAACUAUCCCAGCGUGUCAUGUUGAUAGGUUUCAUUGGUAAAGCAGACAAAGCGAUUGAUGUCAAAUUUGGCAUGAUGAAUCUCUCAUUGAUAUUUCAACAAUAGUACCGGUAAUUAGUAUUGUGGACUACAACGUUUCUAUAAGGAAGGUUUAGCAAUAUUAAGAAGGAGCAACUUAAUGUAGCUUAAACUCAAAGCACUCUUUACAGACCAGUAGGCAAUGGAAUGUCCAGGUUAGGAGCGUGGGUCAUAAAAAUAUAUUGAACAAACUUAUCCCAGGCUAGACAAACACACACACACUCAAGGGUGGGUAUUGAACAACCUUGUCAGAACACACUUUUUAUUACUGUAUGCCGGUAGCUAAACAUUGGAUGUCAGGACUGCUGACAUGGCUACACUUUUUAUUACUGCAUGCAGGUAUCUAAACAUUGGAUGUCAGGAAUGCUGACAUGGCUACACUUUUUAUUGCUGCAUGCAUGCAGCUAAACAUUUGGAUGUCAGGACUGCUGACAUGGCUACACUUUUUAUUGCUGCAUGCAGGUAGCUAAACAUUGGAUGUCAGGAUUGCUGACAUGGCUACACUUUUUAUUACUGCAUGCAUGUAGCUAAACAUUGGAUGUCAGGACUGCUGACAUGGCUACACUUUUUAUUGCUGCAUGCAGGUAGCUAAACAUUGGAUGUCAGGACUGCUGACAUGGCUACACUUUUUAUUGCUGCAUGCAGGUAGCUAAACAUUGGAUGUCAGGAUUGCUGACAUGGCUACACUUUUUAUUACUGCAUGCAGGUAGCUAAACAUUGGAUGUCAGGAUUGCUGGCAUGACUGCACUUUUUUUUAAUGCAUGUAGGUAGCUAAACAUUGGAUGUCAGGACUGCUGACCAUGGCUGGGCUUUUUCCAUUGUAAUGUGGGUCGCUUGAUUGGCUCUGAACUUGAUUCACUAGUGUUAAUAGAAACUCUAACUGUAUACCACUUGUGUAUAACAAGAAAAUAAAAAAACAAAAACAAGACAGAAUUCUUGUUCACCAGAAUGAUCAUUUUGAGUCAUAGUUGUUUUUGUCAAUUUCAUUUUUUUUCUGUUAUUUAAACUUACAGUCAGGGCUAACACCUGCUAGUAAAGGGGAACUUCUAUAUUAGUCAUCACUGUCAUUCAUAUCUUAAGGAUCCUUGUUCUUUCAUUUCUGAACCAGCACAAUAAUAUAGUAUAAUUAAACUAACAGCAAAGAAAAAACCAGAUUGAAUUGAUUUGAUAAAAUAUAGUUUGAUUUAAAUUGUAGAAAAAUAUGAACUUAAAUCAAGGGAGGUGGGGGGUGGGGAAUUUUUUUUUUUUUUAUGUCAUACUUAACUGGCUCAUAAUUUGAUUCGGAGCAUUUCAAUGAGUUUGAGUGGAUGAUCAGAGCCAUGUGGAAUAGACAUCAUUUAAUUUCAGUUUUAACAUUAUAUAUAUUUAUUUAAUGAAAGCCUUACUUGGAUUGAUUAUUGAGUCUAUUAUGAAUUUUGUUUAUAAGUUUAACUUAAAAUAAUCUGUUCCAUUUGUGCACACAAAGUAGCCAUCUGGAGGAGAGGAAUAUGCUGCUUUUAUUUGUUCCGAACCUUGUUUUUUAUUUGAUGGUCCAAUAACUCUGUCCUCAGUGAGGUACCCAUCAUCUCAGCGCGGGCGUCUGUGAUGAUCUACGAUGAUGUCUCCAAGAAAUGGGUUCCAAGUGGGGUCACCCAAGGUCUUUCUAAAGUCCAGAUCUACCAUCACACUGCAAACAAUACUUUCAGAGUAGUUGGCAGAAAACUCCAAGAUCAUGAGGUGAAACAUAUUUAAGUAAUGUUUUGGUUUUUUUUUGGUUUUUUUAAAAUUAUGUUAACUUUACUUCCAUAUUAGUCUUUUAAUUUCCUUAUAAAGCCAAAGUGGUGAUUUGCUUUUUAAUAAAUUCUAAAAUUCAAUUAAUAAUUUUUUUUUCCCAAAGGUCGUGAUCAAUUGCGCGAUAAUGAAGGGACUCAAAUAUAACCAAGCCACACCAACAUUCCAUCAAUGGAGAGACAGUCGGCAAGUCUAUGGGCUGAACUUUGCAUCUCGAGAAGAUGCAGAAAAUUUCUCACAAGCUAUGUUGGCUGCACUAGAAACACUUAACAGUAAGUUCUGUUGAAAAGUCAAUAAGUGAACCAAGUAUUUAAAAUUUUUUUGCAAUUUUUAAAUCUAUGAGGAAGUUUACUUUUUUGGAAACUUAGUACAGCAUAAGUGAGAAUUUAACCCCCGAAAAAAAAAUCUUUCACAAACAGCUCUAUAUCGCCAAGCCCCACCAGUGGCUCCUCCUCCACAACCAUCGGGUAACAUCUAUGCCCAGGCUAUAAACUCUGUAAACGGACCCCCUGAGCCAGAUGAAAGGUAAGUUUCAAUUAUUUAUUUAUAUUUCUUUUUUGUUUUGUCAUCAUAGAUUUUUUAUUUAGUACUCUCAUUAAUCAGAGUGAUUGAACUAAAUUUGACCAUUCCAAUGAAGGGUAUUUUGAAAUGUGACAAUGACUGUUAUUAGUGCAUUAAAUUAUAGCACAGUUUGAAAUCAAAAAAAUUGUUGCACAUGAUCAAAGAUAAGAACUGAUAAAAAAUAGAGUCAAGAUGCCCAAGGUGUAUCCUUCAUGCUUGUAGCAGGAAGGAGAUAUUGGAGCCUGAUUAGUUAUCAAAUACCAAUUACAGAUAAUUGUAAUGGGACCCCCUCCUUGUUCAAAGUCUUAAAAAAAUAUUAUUCCUCCACUUCACAAGUCACAUGCUUAUGACUUGGUCUAAUUAUUGAAAAAACAGUGCUGUUCAUAACAGUAUAUACACUCAUUUCAAUUAAAGUUAUCGGCUAAAAUAUGUGUUUCCAAUUUCUGAGAGCCUCUAAGAAAUCAACAAUGGCCAGUAAAACUGGUCACCCCUACAAAAGGUAAUUGAAGUCUGAGUAAUAAGUAACCCACCCAAUUUUAUCUGUUGUAUUCUGGGUCUUUUCAAAGUACAAUGCAUGCAGCUGUUAAGAAAUAUGUGUACUUUGCCUCAUCUUUUAAAAUAAGAUGAAUUACAUACAAUUUAGCAAGAUGAUGCUUUUAUUAUUAUGUCAUUUUAUAAUUGCAUUCUUUUUUUUUUUUUUUUUUAAAUAGAACCAAUAAAACCAAUACAUUUUAUUUUAUAUUAAAAACUUUUAGUGUAAAUCACCAGAAAUAUGUUUUUUCAUUUUUAAAGCACAUAAACUUUUACAUUUGUAAUGCUCUACUCCCCACAAGAUGAUGCUUUUAUUAUUAUGUUAUUUUAUAAUUGCAUUCUUUUUUUUUUUUUUUUUAAAUAGAACCAAUAAAACCAAUACAUUUUAUUUUAUAUUAAAAACUUUUAGUGUAAAUCACCAGAAAUAUGUUUUAUCAUUUUGAAAGCACAUAAACCUUUACAUUUGUAAUGCUCUACUCCCCAUCCACUAUUCUAAACUGUCUGAUGUUGAUGUAUUAAAUUAUUUAUAGUAGAAUCAAAAUAACUUUCAAAAAGUAUUACUCAGACAAGUUUAAUGGUAACAGGAACUAGAAAGUUGUUUUUUCCUCCCCUAUAAUAAAUGGCAUCUCAUGAUUACACAAGGAUGUUGAAAAGUAUGGUAGCAACCUGUCAAAAUUCAGGUCAUGGUUUUAACAGGGUUUGGGAAAAAUAUUUAAAAAAACAUUCAGGGCCCGGAAAGUUUUGGAAAUUUGACAAAAAACGCCAGUCUUUGAAAGUUUGGGAAAAUGAUUUUAAAGAAUAAAUUUUAAAAAGAAAUAUAAAAAAAGGGAUGUUUCCCUUUGAUUGACAUGUGCAGUGCAGGUUUUUUAAUGAUCUGUAACCCUGCAAGAAAGAAAUGUGUUGAUUAGUAUAGGUAGGUAGAUUUUUAAAAAUCUUAACAAGUAAGCGAUCACAAAAUAACUGCUCCUGUUUUGAUUUGGCCUAAACGUUCUUUGUUAAAAUUUGUUGGCCUUUAUUCUCCUUUUUUAAAUUUUGGAUUUGCGAUACAUGUGGAUUUUCUAUUAAAAUCCUUUAAAUCUUUUGAACAGUUUACAAUAUUAAAUAUGCCUUGAGUUUGUUAUUUUAAUGAUGUUAGCUUGGAUAAGUCAGAAUACAAGUUUUGGCUAAAAAAAAAGUUACAAAUGACAGGGGGAAUGCCUAUUGCAAUGUUUGUAAAAAAAAAAAAAAUUGAUAUCUCAAUGAUCGGUGAAGAAGCACUGGCUAGCUAUGCAAAGGGUAAGCUACAGAAACUUAAACCCAUUUAUAAUUUCUCUUUGUGAAGUAAAAAUUGGAUGAUCAAUGAUAUACAAUUUAAAUAUUACUGACUAUUAGUUUUCGGGUUUCUUUUCCACAAUUAUUUAAUUAGGCUAAGCUACUAAUUAAUUGAUUUGGCGACCACAAAUGAUUUUACCCAGGCUUAAGGCAAUCAGUUAAUUUUAAUAUGACCUCAGUUGUGAUAAAUAAUUCAAUAAUGCAGUAAUUCAUAGGCCUAACUACAGCCUAAUAUAUCAUAAUUUAUUGUUUAUUAUAAUUUAGGAAAAAAGCCCAUGUAGUAUGAGAAAGCUACCAGGCCAUUUUUCUUUGACUUUUAUUGCUUUUAUUAUACAACUAAUAAGAACUGCAACCAUUCCUAAGUUGUACCAAACAAUGUUGCCAUUUUUUGGCAGCAGACUUUGGUAGCUGGCUUGGCCCAGUCUCUUAUGUCAAACAAGUUACUUUUGAACAAAAGCUGAAUCAAAUGAAUAUAACAUUGUACACACUUUUUUGUUGUAUUUACAAAAACUAAACCAUGUCUCUAUGAGGGCAACUUGGACAUUAUGCAUGUAUUGUGUAUACUUUAGUGUGAUUAAAGUACUUUUUUUUAAUCUAAGUUGCAAUUAGUUGAGUCUUUGAAGGUUUGGGAAAAGUUUGUGAGUUCUGGACCUUGAAGUCUGUAUGUAACCCUGUUUUAAUUAAGGAGGGAUGUAAUGAAUGUUUUCUCCUCAGGUGUCCUAACAACUUCAUAAGUUGUGUAGGGGCAGGAUCAGUAAACAGGACCACAGUAAAUUGUUGACACAACAUGUUGUCAUGUCCACGGUAGCUUUAGUAGGUCAAUGACCCAGAAAACUUUGAAGCUGAUACCCUCUCAAAACUUCAUGUUUCUCACCUUGCCCUGGUGGCUAAUGUGUUCAAUAAAUAUUGAUUGGGGGAAAAUGUUAUUCUUUAAAUCAGUUCUUUUAAAGUUUGAUUGAAAUAGUUUGAAUUAACAGAAGUAUGAUAGAGAGGGGUUAAUAAAAGGCAAAGAUUCAUUUAAAAGCCUCAAUAUGGUCGUUUUAUCCUGACUUGCAGGCAUGUAUUCUUAGGAGCUGAUCAGCAGGAAUAUAAUUGUUUUUUUAAACAGAAAAUAAUGAAUAUUGUUGAAAUCGAAGCUGAGUUUGAAAAAAUGCUACAAAUGUAUUUCAACUGUUAUGAUUGAUUCAUAUUUGUUUGUAAAUAUUGCUAUCAAUUAAGUUUACAAAAAAUUUAGAAAGUGCUUUGGUGGAUUCAAGGUUUUUCAAGGGAAAUAAUGCAGCAUGCACCAAAACUAGCUGUACUGAAACUCCCACAUCUUGAGGGCUUACUUGCGUUUAUCAACUGGGCUCAACUAGAAAAAUAUUUUCUUACAUAGAGAGACCCAUUUCCAACAACAUCUGCCCAACACAACUUCCUUGACACCCCAGGGAACACAUGGCAGCUGGAGCUGUGGACAGUUGACAAACACACAUACACGUUCAAGAUGUGGGAGUUGCAGUACUGUUACUUUUGGCACAUACUGUAAAUAACGGAGGGGAGAGAUUUUUCAAUUUCAUUACUGUUUUUACCUAGGAAAAGUGAAGGAGUUUUUCAAUGGCUUUGUUUCAAAAAUGUUGAAGGAAUCUUCAUUAUAUAUUUAGAUUUUCAAGUGCUGUCACAUCACCAAAAAACUCAUUGAAAAUAUCAAUUUCUCUACCAAUAUCUCAACUAGACUAUAAGUGAUACUUAUAUUUUUACAAAUGGUUUUUAGCAUUAAUUUUUUAAAUAAAAAGUCAGCAUUUAAUAGAAAAUUAGUUACAUAGAGAUAAUCAAUUACAUUAGAUAACUUGUGAUUUGUUGUUCAUAUCAGUUAAUUGUUAUACAAUUUCAAAAAGAAAAAAAUGGUUUAGCAUAUCAUGCCAAUUAUCUUGAAAAACAUGUUACAGAAAAAAAAGAAAAAAUCCCUUUUAACCUCAGAUAAGUUAGUUUUGAAAAUGUCUGAUUUUUCUUGGGCCUAUAAAUAAUUGUUAUAAUGCUAACAAAUAUCUUUAAAUUGAUUAAAAGUUCUAGAGAAACAUUUCCCUUUCAGAUAUAUUAUAGAAUUAUACAUAGGACAGUAACCCUUUAUCAGUAGACAAAACAGGAGGAAAACUUGACUUAAAAAAAAAAAAAAAAAAGUUAAUUGUUCUUAAAAAUCGUACAGAAAGGAAAUUAGAAGUGGCUGGACAGGAAUGAAAAAGGUCAUGGCUAGGAAAGAGGAAUAAAGUUUAUAAUUCCCGUUACAGUAACUAUCAUUAAGGUUUACUUAAUGGCUUUUUCCCAAAUAAAGCUCAUUGUGUAUUUUUGUAAAACUUGAUUUGCUCUUUUUUCUUUUUUUAUGACCUAGUUUUAAGCUUUACUUCAGUCUAAAUAAAGUAAUUUCUAUUUCAUUGAAUUUAAGUUGAGGAAAGAAAAUGGUUACUGGUAUAGUUUAAAUUAUUUGAACAUUUUUUUUUUAAAUACCGGCUUAAUGUUGAUAACAAUGUCUGUGAAUAGUGGCAUGAAGAUAGUUGUCCAGAGUUGCAGAUGGCAAUGUGUAGAUGUAAGUACAGAGUGAUUUGUAUCAAAUUGGGUCAUGGACGGCCUGCCAGGAUGUAGCCAACAGCAAAGUGUGAGACCAGUGUGUUGUCUAAGCUAAUAAUGGCCAGCCCCCUGGAAGGUGGUUAUUGAAUUAGCAAUGUCCUCUUGGGAUCCCACGGAGACACUGAAAACAGCCAAUAUUAUCUAUGCUGUUGAGAGGGCCUUUUUUCAUGGACAUUUUCUUCCUCAUUGAUCGCAGUCACGAGAAGGCUUAAGCUUUUCAGAGAUGUAAUCACUUAGCUAAAUUUUAACAAUUACCUAGACUUAUUAAAAAUGGUUGUGAAGAGAGAUUUCAUCUUCUUCAGUUCAAGUACUUUUUUGUGAUCUUCGUGUUACAUUUAAAGGAAUUUCAAAUGGAAUGUUUAUAGGUUAUGGAUUUGAAGCAUUUUAUCGUUAUACAUUUUCUAUUUCAAUUUCAUUUAUGAUAUAGAUCAAUGAAACACUUAUCUACUGAACAAAAGAAAUUGAGCAGUGAAUAAAAUAUUUUCUUUUCAUAAAGCGUAUUUCUUUAUUUUUCUCUUAGGAUUCAAAGAGACGAACCACCCACCCACAAGCGGCAAAUGUCAGGAGGUGGAGGUAGGUGCUCCUUGUUCUUCUUGUUCUGAAUUCAUUCUUGAAUAACAGUUAAUCAUUUUGAAAGCUCAAUGAAUAUAAUAUCUAUUUCAAACUGAAGGUUUAUGGCAUUGUUUUAUUUUUGAGAACUUGUCCAGAUUUCUUCUCUAAAAAAAAAAGUCUUAAGCAGCAGAGAGGGUCAUCUUUUCAAAUGAUCCAAGUGAGACUGAACCACAAUCUAAUGACAGACACCUCUUUUAAUUAGCAUAUGGCAAUAUUUUUAUGUUGAUUUAAUUCUGUAACAACGUCUAUAUACAUUUCUUUAAAAAAUGCAGGCUUUUUUUUGCUUAGUAAAUUUGAACAGCCUGUAAAAGUAGCCUAAAAAUAUUUCAUCAUUGCAAUUCUAAGGUAUGAGAGACUCUUAUCCAGCUAAUCAAGAACCACCACCGAGUAUUGCCUCGCAAGCUCCUCCAGUGCCCCCGAGCUCAGCGCCCCCAGCACCUCCUGCCUUGCCUGCACCUCCGCUGGCACCCCCGGCACCAGCAGCACCCCCGGCUCCACCAGCACCUCCUGCAGCUCCGCCCGCAGCUCCACCUGCGCCAUCUGUUGGCCCACCUGCACCGUCUGGAGGUCCACCGCCGCCACCACCCAUUCCCGCAGGAGGGUUUCAGGCUGGUGGAGGAGGUGGUGCCAACCAAGGAGGAUUAGCGGCUGCCCUCCAAGGAGCUAAAUUAAGAAAAACACCCAGGGUGAGAACGGGCAUGAAGCUCAAAAUGUAUUUUGAAGUCAAAAUGUAAAUCAAGAUCUCUUCUUUUUAAAUGAGAUUAACUUAUGGGUCUUGUGUCUAUUAUUAUACUUUCACAGUGAAGAUAUAAUCAUGGAUACAAGAUGAUCUAAGUAAUAGUUUAGAAACGAUGUUUGCUCAGUCAUACUUUUUCUGGUAAAUGGCUGUAUUGUUGUUCCCUCUCUCUUCAUUUUUUUAUAAUUAUUUGGUAUGGCUAUCAUUCACUGCACCUUUACCCAAAUUCUAUUGAUUUUUGCUCAACAGCCAGAAGAGAAAGAAGUUGGUGUUGUUGUUGCAGUUGGUGGAAGUAAUAACACUGGUACCACUGGCCGAGGUGGAAGUGGUGGUGGUGGUAGUGGUAGUGGCGGAGGCCAUAUUGACAUGAUGUCGGAGAUGCAACUUAAGCUCAAGGCUAGGAAAGCAAAGUCAGAGACACCAGGACAGGGACAGGUAAAAUUGUUGCUUUUCAUUAAUAGUAAAUUUUGAAAACUGGAAAAUUGUGUAAAUUUUAAUGCACUCAUAAGUAUAAUUUUGACACCCCACUAUGUUCUAAAAUAACUAGGUGGGAACUUUCAUAUCUCUUGCACACACACAAUCGUUACACAUCUAACAAGCUCAAAUUUUCUCAGGGUUUUGAAGAUUAAAUAAAAAUUUUAUUCAUUCAAAAAUGAGCCCAAGCAUUUGACAAAAUAUGAAAAGGGAGACAAAAAGUUCAUUUUAGUAAACUUAUGAAAAAAAUUUUUUAAUUAAUUAUAGUAACAAUAUAUUAUUCAUGUAUAAGUAAAUUUAAAGCAUAUAAAUGUGAAAUCAUCAGAAAAAAUGCAUGUUACCCAAAAGUAAGAAUUUUAUAGAUUUUUUAAAAAUCAUAAAAAAAUUAACGAAGUAAGAUAUUUAAACAAACUUUACACCAUAUCAUAGUAAAUGUUAAUUUUUUUAAUGAGAAAUUAGCAGAUGAAGGUUUAGGAAUCAAAAUUCUGCUAACGAAACAUGAUAAAAAUUGUUGUUUUUUUAAAACCGAACAUUUUCAUCCAUAUUUAUAAAGGUAUUUGGAAAUCUUUAGGAAACAUUAGCUAAAAUUUAGUAAUGAAAAUUUUUUACAAGAACAGGUAAUCAACAAGGAUUAUCUCAAAGGCAUGUUCAAAGAUAUAGAAAUUUCAUAGAUACUUUAAAAAGCAUAUAAAAUCAAGAAAGUAAAAUAUCUAAAUGAUCUUUACACCAUAUUGUUGUACAUGAUCAUCUGUGAAAUAAAAAAUAUGAAGGUAAACCAGUGAGUGAUCAAUGUCUGAGCGCUUACAAUCACUUUCAAUCAAGUUGGUAAAACAACAUUCAUCAAGAACAUCAAGUAAAAUCACUCAGUUGUCUUCUUGAUACAUUUAAGGCAUCUUGACAAAGUUUAAUCAAUACAUUCAAAAGCAAAGUUUCAUCACAUUGAUGAAUAUAUUUAUAUACAGCAUCAUAUACAUCUGACUCAUGGUAUGAUGAAUUAAAUCUGCCUUGAAACACAGACUUACAUUACAAAUCUAGUGGAUCAUUCACACAUUCUUCCAGAAAGUCAACCAUACAUAUAACAAAUUCAUGAAUUUCAUAGUAUUUUAUUUUUAUACUACAUCUAGUUACAAUAUCCCAAUAUGGGCUUCAUUUUUCAUACUGCACCAGAUGAUGUUUAUACCCACCUCGAGGGAGUUUGGUUUCUUGUUUGUUUCUUAACACAUGUAAUCAUACCUGAUUGCCAAACAGUUACUGUAUGGUGUAGAUCCUUUCACUGUGGUAAAAAAAAAGGGUCUAGAAGUAAAUUGAAAUUGUUCUUUACACAUUAGAGGUUAUUUAGUGAAAUUUUGUCAUAUGGUCAGUUAAUAGACAUAAUAGUUACUGGUUUUUUUUGUCCAGGGAGAACCAGAAGCAACACCAAUUUUCACGAAUCCUACAUCGUCACCAGAUGUACGUAGACCAUGGGAGAAAACCGCCGGCAAUGGUGCUGGUGCCCGACCGGUACAAGUCAAUGGUUCUGAAUCACCAAAGCCCAUGAGAAAGUUAGUAAUGUUUGAAUCCUAAUGAAAUUCAUUAAAUGAUGAUAAAUUUAAAAGGUGAAGCUGAUGAGCAGUGCCCUGUAUACUUCAUAUAUUUCUGCCAAUAAUUUGUUAGAUUUGAUCUUUGGAAACUCGGUUGUGAUGUCAAUAGUACAAAUGUAAGAAAAAACAAGUUGAGUAAUCUUGUAUUAAAUGCUAUGCAACAGUAACCCUGUAUCACAUCCAAGAUCUUUUAAUUAUAAAAUGGCUAUGUCCCCUUCCCAAUUGACUUUGAAAGGCAUUGUAUGUGGAAUGCUAAAAAAAAGCUAGUUUUGUGUGAUAGUGACUUUGUGAUUUUCAUCUGCUUCUCUAAAAGUGUUCCGAGUUAUAAUUGUAACAUGGGACAACAAUCGAUAAUGGCAUUUGUAAAAGUGUUGAAUUGUGUUCUGCGUAAUUUUAUUAUUUUUGACUUGAUCAGCCUUUUGGAUAAUUUGAGACCCAGGCCCCUAGCUUAAAUAAACUGUAAAAUUACAAGAUAAACCCCAGUGCAACAGGGUGCAGCAAUCUUUAAAAAUCUCCUACGCCAAAACUUAUUUCUGAUAAGAACUCUACUUUUUAACUGUUUUUUUAUCGAAUUUUGGAUACAUUAUACUAUCCUGCAGUUACAGUUUUUUAUAUUUGUCCCCUAGAAGGAAUCCAUCACUUACUGGACAGGAGGCCUUAGGACUUCCCAGCGAGGGAGGAGUUCUUACUGGGGAAAUGGAAAUUCUAAAGCAAGAGAUAUUGACAGAGAUGAGAAGAGAAAUGAAUAAGAUGAAAAAUGACAUAAUUGAAGGUGAGCUUUCAGUUUUAUUUUGAAACAAGAAUAAAAUAUCUUAAAAAUUCUUAUUCUCCAAUAUGAAUUAAUUUUUUUUUAAAUUAUUCUUUCCCUUGGCAUACUGAGGAUUGUUAGACAUCUUAAAUGAAGAUACAGCUACAUUCUUAAAGCAUAUGUUAAUUCUUUGAGAAAAUUUCCAAUUUAAUAUUAAAGGUUUUUGAUACAAUAAUUUUAAAUCUAAACUCUAUUUCAUUAUUUAUUUCUUAUAAAUAAAUUUUCAAAAAUAAAACUACAAAUUCAUUUAAUUAUUUCUUUUAAAUUCAACUAUUAAACUAUUCAACUAUUUCUUUAAUUCUUUGUUUUUUGUUUUGUUUUUGUUAUCAACUGUUUUUAUUUUUAACAUUUUUAACCAGCUGUUCUUAAUGCUACUAAAAAUGAAUAUGUAAUCAACUGGUACUUGUUAUUAUCAUGAAGGCUAUUAUAUAAACUAAGAUUACAGAUUAAUUAUUGAUUUUCUUUUGGGCCUUCCUCAGCUCUACGUCAAGAGUUAGGACAUAGAUAACAUGGAACUCAUCAUUGCUAACAACGACAUUUAUAUUGUUAAAACAACUCUGCAAGCACAGAGGAAAAUCAAAUAGCCUUGUUCGCAAAAUCUAUUAAUUGUUCUGACAUGGCAUUUCUGAGGAAAGAGGUGUACAGACAGAGAAACACAUCAAAGAUCUUAUUGUGUUGGCAUGAAUGUGUAACCCUUUUUAUGCUCUUCGUUUUAAAAACCAAAACUGACUUAACUCUUUACAGUUCAGUGCAUGUAAAAGAACUUCAGAUUCGUCUAAUUUCUUAUCCAUUUCUUUCUCAUACAUUGAAAGGUUGCUUUUGUUUUUUGUCAAACAUUUUGGGGAGGAUUAAAUAAUUGGAACAGCAUUGCAAUCUGGCUGCUAUCUCUGGAACUUUUUUUAGAAUUGUCACUUUUUAAAAAAGUCUCAAAAUAUAGAAAUAUCUGGCGCCUGCACAUUAAUUUUUUCAUCAUAGAAAUAUCUGGUAGCGGCACAUUAAUUUUUUCAUCAUAGAAAUAGAGGAAUUUUGUUGUGUAAACCACAAAUCAGUGUUUGCCAAUCAGCAAAUAACAUUUUUUCAUAUUUUAAAAUAUGAAUAGAUCAGUGCAACAGCAUGUCAUGCCACUUUGUUAGGCUAUUCGAGGGUCACAACCUGCACCCGGGGAGCUGCAUGCGGCACUUUGAAUUGAAUAAGCACUGCUCUUUUCAUCAUUUAAUUUUUUUACAAAUCUAUAAUGCCAUUAAGUUGCAUGAAAACUUUUUAAGACCUUGUUCCAAUCUAUUGGCAAUUUACAGGAGAAAAUUUAUUUUAUUAGUAUGUAGAGAAUAUUAUACAAGUUCAUGCCACAUAUCAUACCCCUGUGUUUUGAGUAAAAUAACAUGUAAAUAUAGUAUAAAAACAAAGAAUAAACAAUAGAAUUAUAUUAUUUUUUCCUAAUGUAGUUUCUAAAUUUUAAGUAUCAUAAGUAAAAUAAUACUCCAGGUGUCAGCGCACAUUCGUUCUCUGAAUCUGCCCCAUGUCUGGGGGUUUCUUAAUAUUUCCUUAGCAGAUAUAUUGAUAAAAUGGCUCCUUCCCCCCAAAAAGUUGCCAACUGGUGGGUUAUACCAUUAUAGAAAUAGUCAUUUAUUUGUAAUAUCUGUUUGGACUGUAAUGAGUUAAGUGCUUAUAGGUGAAUAGGUUUUAUAAAAAAAAAAGUUUUUUCGUUCACAGCACUUUUCCUAGAACAAUUAGAGAUAAUGAGGUUAUGGAAUUGGGAUAGUUUGGACAGAAUACUCAAAUGUGUUUUACUGGUAUGUAACAACACUUUAUAUUUUGUUACAUUGAAAUUAUUUUUCUAUAAAAAAUGUCUCGUGAAAAGAAAAUAUUUUGGUCAGUUCAUCUUUAAAAUUUGAAGUACAAGCCAAGGCUUAUACAUUAGUCUGGGUGCUUUAACUAGCUGCCAAAGACUAUUUAUAUAAUGUUAAAAUUUCUGAAAUGUAUAUUUUUAUAAUUAUGUACAAUAAUGGUAAGUGCACAUAAAAAAAAUUUUUUAUAACACAGAAGAUUGAAAUUUAAAAAAAUGUCUGAGACAGGAAAAAGUACUGACGUGUGUUCAAUUUUUUUAAAAAGCAACCCUCCGUGAAGACAUCAUGACCCUUCUAGGGGAACUAUUUUGAAUGGCUGGUUAAUAUGUUGCUAGAUUUUUACAAAUGUCCCACUUUCCCAAAGUAUAAAAUUAGUAUCAUUAGCCUAGGCUCACACAUGUAAACAUAUAGAGGUUAAGUUUGUAGCAAUCUUCUGGAUCAUAAUCUAAAAAUAAAGCCAACUAUUUUUGGUAUUUUUUUUUUUUUAAUUUUACAUUGGAGAAAUUAUGUCUCUUUUAAGUGUGUUUCUCAAGAGCAAACCAUUGAAAUUUUAUUUUUCUGUGAAUUUUUAAAAAAAUGCAUCCUUUAUAUAUUUCUGUUAUAGUGUGGUAUGCGUGAUGUUAUAAAUGUGCACAAUUUUGCUUAGAGUAUUCACAUAUGAAUAUUAUUGUAUGCUCGUAAUAAGAAGCUCAAAUGUUAAACACCGAUUAACGUACACAUUCAUGUCCUCUAAUAAUAAGAUAUCUGCUAAAUAUAGUUAUGAAAUAUUUAUAAUUUUAUUUUUACUUUUAGUUAACAUGAAUAAUUACAGUUAAUGCUCUACUUCUUGGACUUGAUACAAAGCAACAAAAAAAAAUCAUUUCGCAAUACUUUAGCCACCUAAAACUUGCCACACGUUUUUUCUACAGUCACAAUUGUUCACAUAUUAUUCCAAACAUAAUUUUCAGUAUUCAUUGAAAAAUUUGUAACAUUGGGGCCCUAAAUGUUAUCAUUUGUAAUGUGUUGUCCAACUGAUUUGCAAAAAAUUUUCUAAUUUACUUUGGAGCACUUAAAUAUUUUCUCAUCCAUUGAAACAAUGUGUUUGCACAAAGAUCUAAGUAAACAUUUUUUUAAAAUGAAAAUUUCUAUCUGUGACAAAGGUCGUAAUCUUAUGGGAUCAAUAUUUAUUGUUUAUAAUCCUUGCCAUACAUCUUUCACCUUCACUAUUUUUGUUCAUGUUUAUUUUAUAGUGCUUUUAAGGAUGUCCCUUUUUCUCUUGACUGUUUCAGACAUGGUCGCUGAGAUUUAUUUUUUUGUUGACACGUUAGGUAAUUUUAUCUUUUCUUUUUGAGACUUGCAAACAACUUUGUGUACAGAUUUCUUUAAAAUGUCGUGUAAAAAGCUUUGAUUACAUACCCAAAGACCUAAUUGUUUUAGCACUUGUUGAGUGGGUUUUAAGGCUGCAUGGAAAUCUGAAGUAUUAUGCAAAACUAGAAGCCUUGAGUAUGUGUCUUCAAGUGAAUGCCCAUGACUAAUACCUGGAUUACUCAGCAGAGGACAGCCUGGGAAAGAUAGAAAAAGAAGAGCAUAGAAUCAGCCAUUAGAAAAUAAAUACAAGGCAUAUACAUGCUAACCCAUUUAUGGUAAUAAAACAGUUGAUCAAAUUUAGGUAAAGAAAUUAAAUGUGUACCCAUGACUUUCCAAUACUAAAUUUGUUAUUAUAAGAUGCAAAUGUUUCACACAUCGGGACAGUUUUUUGAUACCAACAAUCCCUUAAAGAAGGCUCAUGAUCCAACAGUUGUUUGACCACAAAUAGAUGAAAAAAGAAAGGAGGAGAAAAUGAUUUGUGGUUUUACAAUGUUUGUAUCACACAUUCUUGGAAACAAUGAGACUAUGUCUUUACCCAUCAACUGAAUGCACGACAGGUUUAACCCAAGGGACGACAAAAAAAAGUGAAAAACAGACAACUGAAAACAAAAAAUAUGUAAUGAAAUAUAUGUUUAUGCACCUAAGCAUGUGCUGCACCUCAACCGUAAAGGCUGCUGCUAUCAAAUUUGGCACUCCGGGGUCUCAAAAAGAUGGCAGAUCGAAUUACGGCAUCAGAUUCCUGCAAUUUUUACAGUUUGGUUAGCUCAGGAGCCGACUGGUUGACCGGACUUUAUUUUUUUUUGCAUUUUUGGACCUAAGACUUUCCUGGAAUUUCUGGUUUUACAGUUUUUCUGGCUUUUCUGUCCUGCAUGCCCCCGGGUCAUCUUCAAUGACCUUGGAUGGCUCCAGAGUACUUCCAAAAAGAAUCGGACUUGAGUUUCAACAAUUUGGUACUUGGUUGGUGUAUCCAGUGCCCAUAGGGACUGAGGCAGUGAUCGGCACAAGGUAUAGGGUAAAGGCAGGGUUGGGGCACUGCACAUGCUUAGGGGCAUGAACAUAUUCAAUUUUUUUGUGUUCGGUUGUCUGUGUGUUGUCUAUGAGGUCACUUGGUCUGAGUGGUCACUUUUCACGUGUUUGUCGUCCAGUUGUCGUGGGAUACUUGUUAUGCGUUCAGUUUUGCGGUCACGGCCCCUAGUACCAUCCUGUGUCUGAAACACAUCUGUUUAUAAUGUGCGAUUCAUGCUAUACUACUUUUACUUCAGUUUGACCAGUGUUUACUUGACUGAUUAUAUUGUAAUGUGCCCUCAAUCAAACUGCCAACUGUCAAGCUGGUUUUGUAAAUACAUUGUUAUAUGUGCUAUAAUUUCUUGAAUACACUUUGCUUAAAGUAUUAAUGAGAAUUAAUGAUACAAUUUCAGAGCCAGAACUGAUGCUUUUAUGUAAAGAUUAUGUAAAACUGCAAACUAAUUAACAAAAUAAUUAACGAAACCCACCAGAUCUCCCCUCUGAAAAUGAUUAGAGAUCAUUUAAAUUUAACUUAAAACUUGAUUGUUGAAACUUGAGAAACACAAUGACAACUAGGAAAUAUCACAUUUCAUUUUGCUUUACUUUUAUGAUCCAUUACUAUAACUAAAUUUGUAAUGGAUAAAUGUUAGAUAUUUCUCAUUCAUUCAUUUGGAAAUGGAAUGACUUGUCCCAAAGCUACCGUAUAUUUUAUUAUUGAAGACCAGAACCUAAUCAGUUAAAUUAAUUUUCAAAGAUGAGGAAACAGAUUUUUUAAUGGCCUGAAACAUUAUUUUAAAUGUUAUGCUGGAUGUAUAUUGGAAGUUAAUUUCAUCGUUUUGCAUAGGCUACAAUACAAAACUGUUGCGUAGACUACAAUACAGAACUGUUUUCAUAAUAUAUUGUAUAACCUUCAAUUCAAAUCGGUCAAAUCGGUAUUCCGUAAAACACAAGAUUGGGCUUGAUAUGAUUUUUUUUUCUUUGUAUCCCUAAUCCUACAUUUUGCUCAAUCAUUGAUCUCGAGGUCUUUUUUCCAGCAUGUAAUUUAAAAGAACAAAAACUGUAAUUUUAAAAUCUUUUGGACCUUGUACAACCAGUCAGUUCUUCUGUUUGUGGAACAAAAUUAUCAUUUAGCAAUAAUUACCAUUUUUAACAAGGAAAUGAAUUACAGUAUUUUACUUGCCCUUAACAUCAUUUUGUAAACCUAAAUCUUGUACACAUUUGGUUACUUGUAAUGAGUUUUAUUUUCACUUUUCCAAGCAAUUGUAUUGCUACUCGAAAUUCUUUUUUUUUUUUUUGUGCACCUAUUCACUCUACAAAUUAAAAAAAUAUAAACCCCUUGUGUUCAGUAAAGCAAAAAGUUUUUGAGGACAUCAGAAGAUAAUGAAAUCAAAAUAAUAGCAUUUACACCUCGCUGAGUUUUCAUCAUUGAUUUUUUUUUCCACAAAGAAGUAAAUUCUUGACAUCUCUAUGGUACCCAUCUAUUUACAAAAAGCUAGUAUUUUGACCUGUACAAUUUAAAUAUGAAAGCAGUUAUUACUGAAAUUUAAAUAAUCAAGAUUUUGAAUUACUCACCAAAACAAUUACCAAACCAAAUUACAUGACCAAUAAUAACUGGGUAAGUAUAUAACUAUUGCUUUUUACAUAGGGAAUAAAGCUUAACAGAUAAUAAAUAAAUACUUUUGACUUUCAAUUAAUGGUUUGUUUUAAAACUGAAUUCCAUGUGGAAAUUGUAACAUUUUGAGUCUCAAAUAUAAAUAGGUAUUUAUUUCUUAAUUGUGUAAAUUUAUCUUACCAAAAAAACCAGCAUUUACAAAUAAUUAAUAGAUGUCCCUUCCACCUAACCAAGAAAAUAACCAUUUCUAGCACAGUUGGCUGUGUUUAUGAAUUAUUUAGCCCAUUUAUGUUUUACAAUUUUGAAUGUUCAAGGUUCACAAAAAUCAUCCAAUAUUAUACCUUUUUUUUAAAUUAAAAAAAUACAUGUUAAUAAAGUAAUCAAAGAUAUAUAUGGCAUGCACACAUGAUUGAGUCUUUACCUAUAACAUGCACACGAGUCUUUACCUAUGUGGCCCAACUAUCAAUGUACAUAUUGUAAAAAUGGCUUCCUCCCCUUCAUUGUCUUGCUCAUAGCGGUUAACCUUACAGUUCUUGUGAUGACCAAUUUUAUUAGUGUUGUACUAUAUAUAUGUAUAUUUUAUCUAUAAUUUUUGCUUUUUAUGUUGCUUAUGUUAUGUUUGUACGUGAUGCUGCUACACAACUUUCAGGCAAUUAUAACAAACUUUCUUUGUCAAAAAAUAUUCUAUGACUGAUUGUGGAGAGCAAGACAAUAAUAAUAAAUGGUUUAAAUAUAAAAGUAAUUUGUGGCAUUCAAAUUUUUCAUAAAACUAGCUGUAAGAUUUACUUUAAGUAGAAUACUAAGUCUCAAAACUACUUCCAAUUCUGAACUGAUAACAUAAUAGGCAUAUUUGCAGUUAUGAUGAAGCUUGGAAAAAAAGAUUAGAAAAAUUAGAAUAGAUGUUCUCUAUUUUUAUUUUAUUUAGAUUAGAAGUUAGAAAGAAAAAGAUUUCUAUGGGCAUGGAAUACAAAAGUAGAUUUGUAAUUAUCUGAUUUGAGGAAUUCUACUGUAUGUAAUCGGGUAGCCUACAAUGGUUUUUGUGUUGAGUUUGUCAUUAGUUCAAAAGGG